AUCCAAAGGCGCCUAAAGAGUGGCGUGACAAACACGCGACGGGUUCUCGCGAUGUUUGAAAACACGCAUGUCGACUGUUGAAAUCUUGGUUGACACAAAGAUCAGUAGCCGAAUCUUUUACAACCGUUUGAUAUUUGUACUGCACUCCGUGAUUUAAUACACAGGCGGAACAUCACCGUGUGCCCAAGAGGGCCUAAUAUUCAACAUGUAUCACAACAGCUCACAGAAGAAAUUCUGGACUUAUGAUAAAGAGGAGACAUUAGAUAAAUUAAGAUUAGAAGCUAAUCAGAAGUUCUGUUCAAAAGCCCUAUCCAGUGGUAAGCCUGGAAUAAAUGAAUCCAUCUUCCUUGAUGGACGGGAAGAGAAAGUGCUUUUCAGACACUACGAGAAGAGAUUGUUAGACUUCUGUGCCAUGUUCAAGCCAGUGAUGCCUAAAUCUGUAGUGGGAACAGCUUGUAUGUAUUUUCGAAGAUUCUAUUUAAACAACUCUUUAAUGGAUUAUCACCCUCGGACAAUAAUGUUGACAUGUACAUAUCUCUCCUGUAAAGUGGAUGAGUUUAAUGUGUCUAGCACUCAGUUUGUGGGGAACCUUCAGGACAGCCCAGCGGGACAGGAGAGAGCUCUAGAACAGAUUCUGGAGUAUGAACUGCUCCUUAUCCAGCAGCUCAAUUUUCAUCUAGUUGUUCACAAUCCGUAUCGGCCCUUGGAGGGUUUUCUGAUUGACAUGAAGACCAGAUACCCAUUGUUAGAGAACCCAGAGAUACUGAGAAAAAGUGCUGAAGACUUUCUCAACAGAGCAGCAAUGACAGACACCGGACUCCUCUUCUCUCCGUCUCAGAUCGCCCUCACAGCCAUCCUCAACAGUGCAACACGUGCUGGCCUGAAGAUUGAGGCAUAUUUGACCGAAUGCAUGGGGCUUAAAGAGGAUAAAGAGACCCUCUCUAAGUUGUACGAGUCAAUGAGACGAAUAACAAGUCUUAUGAAAGUGUACGAGCUUCCCAGAGCUGAGGAGGUCGAUACCUGCAAACAGAAACUGGAAAGGAUUCAUGCUGAAUUUGCUACAAACUUGAAAAGAAAACAUGGAUAUGAAGAUGACGAUCACGUUGUGAAAAGGCAGAUGGUUGCUGAGGAAGAAUGGACUGAUGAGGAUUUGGAUGCAUUAUGAUGAAAUUGUUUUUAAAUCGGCAACAUCCUUGACAGUUAUUUCAUGAACGGGUUGAGUGAUUCCAUUUGACACUUGCUGUUGUCAAACUAAAUUGUAAAUAUUUCAGCAAAAUGUUGUCUGUCUUCUCUGAAAAUAAAA